AUGAAACAAUUUUAAUGGUGAUUUUUGUUUACUAAUUCAACAUUUUAUAAACAGAAGCAACCUACUGAUAAACUAGCAAUAUGAGCGAAGUAGACGAACAAAAAGAUUCUGAAAGUGUUGCGAAGUUUGAAGAAAUGUUUAGGGACAGGUUUACUGAAGAAGAUUCUUUGUUUAUGGAGCUGAAAUCCAAAAAUUUGACUCCUCCUGCUGUCAUUCAUCCUUGGAGAAUAGCUCAAAAACAAUGGAAUAAAAAAUGGGACUAUUCACCUCGGAACCAAGAUGGAUAUAGAAAUAAUGGUCGGCAACAUUAUAAGCAAAAUCCACGUGAUGACCACCACAAUUCCUCUCAAGAUGGAGAAUGUAGCAAUUUCAGAAGCAGGAGUUAUGAAUCAUACCAUGAUGUCAACAGAGAUAGAAGUUAUCACAGGGAAAUGGAACUGAGAUUUAAACACAGGGGCGGCCAACAUAAUUACAGGAAUUAAUGGACAAAAGAACUGAACAAUAUUUUUAUAUUGUUUUACUGUGUAUGUAUAUAUUAAGAUCAUGUAAAUUAUUUUUCUUAAUAUACUUUUUGUUUAGUGAUUUGAUUUUAAUAAAUAUUAUUUUCUUUCCAAUAUAACAUCAAAAA